AUGUAUAUUCGCAGCCGUGAGGAGGUCAUAAUGCGUAUCUACCGCCGCGAUGGAGUGUCCAAGCAGACUAAACCGCCAGUCUCGAGCCUAACCAUAUGCGAUUACGUAACCUCGAAGGACGAUAAGGACGGGAUCAGCUUCAUGCUUGCCGGUUACCCGCGGUACCGGUGUCCGUAUGUCUGGCCCAAGACGGACCACGAAUCGCUCCUACAUACUGGCCGCAACCAGCGCCUGGGGCGCGACCUGCCGCUGAAGAUGGAGACUGAGCUCAUAGUUACUGCGGUGAACCCACCCCCGGAGAACCCGUUCCUGGAACGUGUGGUAGUGACUGGCGCGAUGCUGGAGUUCCAGCGCCGGAUCUACCUGAGACACUACUACUUCAGCAACAUGGUGUUGGAUGACAUCAAGAAGCUGCAGCAUAGGCACUUCCGCGACAUCAACACACUGCGCGACGGCGCACAUGUCUAA